CCAAUUCUGAAAGAAUAAUGCAACAGAAAAACUGCAAAAGCAAAACAAAAAUUAUGAAGCAAAAAAGUGAUUCAAAACCCCACAAAAAUAUUUCCUUUAGUCUAUCACAGCCUGCACUAUCAGCAAAUCCUACAUCAAGCAGAAAUGUCCUGCGUAACUGGCAACCACCCCUCAAGCUAGUUCAUUAUGAUUAUGAUACAGAAAAAACGGCCCAAAAUUCUUCGCUGAAAGAUAUAGCACCUUCUACAGAAAACGUGUGUGGUGAUGAAAGUACUGAAAAUGGACAAAUAUCCAUGGACAACAAGGGAAUAGAUGCAGGAAAAGUGCAUGCUGAAAGCAAGACUGUUGGUUGCAAUGGAAAUGGCGAAGAAGACAACCGACUGAGUCAGCAGUCCACUCAGAAAUAUGUAGAAAAUGAAACAAAUGAAACACAAGGUGAGAAGAGUAAGCAUGAAGGAAGUCAGAGGGAUGAAGUGAAAAAUGUAGAAAUGAGCUGUGUGGUUCAAAAAUCUGGCAAGAAGCCUGAAAGUAACUCUGUUUGUUUAAUAAACAGUGCAGAUAUUACUGCUGGAAAUAAAGACCCUGAUACUUCAAACAUCAUGUGUAAAGUUGAUGGGAAUAAGUGUAAUACACCUUUUACUAAACAUUUAGAGGAACUAUAUCAAUGUCCGACACCUACAAAGCAAACACAAAAUGAAAACAAUCCUAUUUUAAGAAAAGAUGAUCAAGACAAAGAACAAGACAUGAUAGUCAAUGUUCGAGAAGGAGCUGGGAAAAAUAUCAAGAACAAAUCUGAAAACAUAAUUUUGCCUCCUAACAAGAAGUUGCUAACAGCGACGAAUAAACCUUCAGAUUGUAAUGAGGAGUCAAAAAUGAAACCAGGCUAUGGCUCUGUUUUGUGCCAGAUGCAGAGUUUAAUGGUCAAGUUGCCACAGUACAUGCAUUCCAUGAGAACACUAACUGGAAGUGAAGAAAAUUCACCAUUACCACUUGAUCUACUCUUGAAAGAUCCGAGUCACUCACAAUUAACUGGUGACAUGACCAAGGAAAUGGAACUGACAAAAGCACAGCCAGUGUCACCAGCAACAACCUUCAUUAAAAUUUCGGAACAAAACUCAGGGGCAAACAAAUGUGAAGGGAAAGGAUAUAUGAGUGAUGAUAUUCUUAAAGCAGAAGAUGAAAGAGACAAAAAUAAUCAUUCUCAAUUAAUGGCUAUAGAUGCCAAGCAAAUUGCUUCCAGUUCUGGAAAUGAACCAGAAACAGAAUGCCAAGAGUCAAGUCUCUUAAUAAAUGACCUUCCAAUCCACAAUUCAGAAGUUCAUUCAGACAAAAUGAUAGAGACUCUAACUUUGUCCCCAUCGGGAGCAGCAAAGGUUCCAGAAAUCUGCAAUGUGGACAGCAUCGAGCUACAGAGAUAUAAAGAACAUGAAGAUGUGGAAACAGUGACACCAAAGGUUCUUUCUGACACUAAUUUGAAUUAUCAGUCUGAACCUCCAAACCUGGCAACAAGCAUAUGUGAUGUAAAACACACCAUGCUAAACAGAACUGAUGCAGCAAAUAUGAAAACUGCAUUUCAAUCCUUGGAAGCAGCAACAGCUGAAGAUUAUUCAGAAGAAAGUAAGAGUCCAUCAGAACCUGUAACUGCAGAAGAACAUUUCAUGAAAACACAUGAAGAAGCUUUGAACACUGCACCCUGCUCCAUUGCGUCAACUAAGAAUGACAUGGAUAAACAUGGAACUCCUCAUAACAGAAUUCAUAACAGCUUUAAACACCCAGUAACAAAAGCAGAACCACAAAGUGUAGUACAUCCCUCCACUUCUAUGACAAAAGAAUCUCUUCAAAAGCAAGAAAUAAAUCAGUCAGAAAGUUACAUCUACAAGUUGAAAGACAUAUUCUGUAAAUCUCCAACAAAAGCAAUGGAAGCUCCAAAUAUAUUGGAAAAUGCAGGUGAGAACCCUCUAACCAAAGAAAACAGACUUGACACUGCUAGCCAUGGUUACCUAUUGGAUGAUGAUAUUGGUCUGACGGGUUCUCAACUCCUUCACAUUGAAGAUGAAUAUCAGCGCAAGUUUCAAAGUAGAGAGGGGGUGGGCAAUCAUGCUUCCAUAUGUGGUGUAGCCACAGUUGCAGACACUGCAGUUUCUUCACCCAAGCUUCCCCCUCCAAACUGGGCACAGAUUGUACAGGAGAAGAGACAGAAGCUGAGGAACGUCAUUCGGGACAUCUCAAGGCUCAAUGCCCUUCUAACACGAGUGAGGAAAGAGAUGUGGACACUUCCACAGAGUGCAGCAUCUGAAGGCAUCUUGAAACCAAGUCCAGUGGCACCAGCAUCCAAGGGCACAGGUUCAAGAUGGGGCCCCAGAUCACACAACAUAUAGAUUCAUUUUGGCAUCUGUUUGGGUACAAUUCAGAAUGUCCACAAAGGAAUAUAAACUAGAUAAAUUUUCUACAUACAAUUUGCAUUAGUGCAAGCCACAAUUGGUCCUAUCAAGUUCUAGAAUUUCAUAGUGUUGUCUUAUGUAAUGUCUGUGAAAGUCCUUCUAAAACUUCUUCUGCCAUUUAACUCUGCAAGAGCCAUU